CCAUUUGGGGCUCAGGCUUGUUCCACACUGACAGCUGUUUGAUCACAUUGCCCAGCUCGCACUAUUUACUUUUUCUAGAUAAGAUUUUAUUUUUAUACAUAAUAAUGCCUUUUUGCAAGAGGAUCGUGCGCCCAGUGCAAGUUUGCCGUUUGCACGGCCAGGGAAGAACGCUGUCGACCUUGGAGAAUCUGCUCGAUGUCUCCAGCUUUACUUUGGGAAGUGUCCUAAGGCAGCUCUCAGCUCUGGCGAGGGAAGCGGUGAGCGUGCUGGAGGAGAUUGAGCUGGAGAUCGGAUCUGUGUGCCACCGGGCGCUGCUGCUGGAGGUCCGAAUCAUCGGUUUGCACAGAUACGUGUCAGCCCUGUCUCUGCGACCUGCUACACCCUGUGGAUCGAACUUGGAUCAGGAGAGUAAGAGGACAGCCCACUUCAAGUCGUCAUGGCAACAGAAUAUAAAUGUGUUCGACUCCUCAUCCAGACCACCCUGUGUGGAAGAAUUGCAUCAAGAGGCCCAGCUGAACCUCCAGUCUUUGCUUCAAGAAGAGUUUGGUGAGCCAGUGAUACAAGACAAGGUGACUGCAAAUACCUUCGGACAAAAACCAGCUCUCAACAGAGAGGUCAUUCCAGAUAGUUGCCCCAGAAAAGGGGAGAAGCGUAUGGAAUUUGUAUUGAUGCCAAGCACAAGAUCCAGCAGUGAGGAUGAGACGACCACCUUUGGCAUAAAAUCACAUGAACUAUUUCUGAACUCCCCAACUACACCUGAUAAACCACCCAAGUGGACGCAAGGCAUCCCACAGUCAACCCCAGAGGAAAAGAGGUGGCACCAGGCACAGACGGUUCAGGCAGAUUUGGUACCCAUCAAUGUGACUGGGGAGCCCCUUGAGCGGCAGGCGAAUGAGCGGCACUCUUUGUUCAACACAGAGACCGCGGUGAACCCAAAGAGUACACUGAGGAGGAGGCGGACAGUCACUGGCUUGUCCGAGCCAGUUCAGCCUCAGCCAGGCUCUUUGAAGGAAGGAUUGAGAUCUCCUCAUGUGUUAACAAAGACAGAGGCAAACCAGCGUCUCUUAACUUUUGAUGAAGAUAUGAGUGUUACCAAUGGGAAACAGGACUCAGUCAGCAACCUUGGGAUGGUGCAGUCAUUCCCCCCAACUCUCAGGAAGGUACAAAGUGAUCUCGGUCAAAUAAACAAUUCAAAUCUAUCUCAGUCUUCAGGGAACAUCACAUUCACAAUGAACAAGCCCCAGAUGAUGCCCACGUCGCUAAGUGAACAUAGCUUCUCUUCUCUUAACACUUCUUGGGAUCAAAUGAGAGGAUCUAGUUUUUCUUCUUCCUUGAACAAUUCGAGUGCUGUAACUGCACCAAGCUCUGUGUCAGUGGAGGCCUUGCAUGUUGACACACGUGCUCCUGUGACAUUCAGUCAAACUUACAACAGUGGCCAAUCUCAUGUGCAGAACGCUGUUUCUUCCUCAGUACAGGGGAAACAUGUUACCCUGUCCAAUCUGGAAAACCACAUGGAGAGCCAACGUUCUUCCAGCAGAGCUUGGAAUGGCAGCAGUUCUGUAUGUUCUCCUCAUGUUUCAGAUAUGGCUCCAUCUGUGUCACUUCAAUGCUUGAAACAUUCUCCACAGCAGGACUCAGGACUAUUACUGAAUGCUGGCUCUCAUCCAGAGUGCAAUGUUCCAUUAUCAACCUUUUUACCAAGAGAAGGCCAAAGACAAAACACCAGAGGCCCCAUGAUCAGCUCUUUCACACCAACUCCAGGGGAAGCAGCGGAGAAACCUCAGAAUCUGAAGGAUACAAGGACUAACCAUGAACGAAUUAUAAUUUACCCAAUCAAUGACACAAUUGAAGAUACAACCUCAAGCCUGGAACUUCAAGGUUAUGCAAGUACAGAUGCUUGCAAAUUCCGUGAGAGAUCACUGUCAACGCCAACAGAUUCUGGGUCAUGUUGUUCAUCGGAUGCGGUAAGAUGCUAUGACUCCAAGCACUAUGACCACACCCGGCGGCAUAGUGCGAAUUAUAUCAUGCGUUAUCCGAGUGCCAGCUCAGAGGAAAGCCAAAGCACUGAGAAUGUCUCUGUGAUAACCGACCAGGAAGGAUCUCAGAAAACAAGGCCUCGUUCAAGAAGCAUCUCACUGAAAAAGCCAAAGAAGAAGCCAGUUCCACCGGUGCGGAAUGUCUCCCUGAAGACAUGCGAGAUUAGUCCUAAUCCUGAAAUAAUUCCAUCAAACAACUCUCCUAAAGAAAAUAGGCCAACAAAGCUCUUUAUCCCUUCAGAAAAGCAGGUGGUUCAAAGUGAAUCAAUAGAUAGCAAUGAAUCUAGUGGCUUUAUAUCGGAUGCCCAUUCCAGCUCAACUACACCCACAUUGAGAGAGGGAGAACCAAUACGGUACACAGAACAUUGGUUCCUUAAUGACUGGAAGUCCAAUGAUCCAUAUAGAUCGCUAUCAAACUCGAGUACUACAACAGGGAUAACUGUGAUUGAGUGUGUAAAGUCUCGUGGAAGUUCUGAAUCCUUGACAUCCCCAUCUGUUUCAAGAGCUACAACUCCAUCCCAGCUAUCCGUUGAGGCUGAAUCUAAAAUGUCUUCUCCAGGGAAGCUCCCUGGUCUGAUGUCACCAUCCAGUGGUUAUUCAAGUCAGUCAGAAACUCCAACGACUUCUUUUCCUAUGUCCGUUUAUCAAGGCCAUGUGCCACAGCCAGGUGGCAAAGCAAAGCCCAAGGUACCAGAAAGGAAGUCUUCGCUGCAGCCAACUUCCCCAAAUGAAAAGAGCCCAAAAUCAAAGCGUAUCUUUGAUUUGCCCAUCACUCCGCCUCCUCAUUUGGAUCUUUCGGGACUGCUGUCUUUCAAAAGCAAAUCCAAAGCCAGCAGGCGGCAUUCUGAUUCCUCAAACAUUAAUAAGCCUGGCCAGAAACAUAGCCCGAACCAACCAUCUAUGCCAAUCAUAACCCAGACAGUUUUGGAAUCUGUACGUCUUCGCUCAGUCAGUAAAUCAGAAAAUGAAGAUCAUGUGGAUGUGCUGGAACCACCACAGGUAACCCACAGUGAACCCGCUGAAACACCCUUGAGAAAGGUCCGACCACCAGUUCCAGGGAAGCCACCAAUGUCAAAAAGACCUUCAAGUAUUGCACUGAAGCUUUCUCCGAUUGAGCAUCCAUCUCCUACUACUACACUUCCUUCACCAGUUUCUAAAAAUAAAAGUUCUGUCACAGUCUUUAGAAAGGUUGGUGUCAAAAAACAAGACUCUUUAGAAAGCGCAGAGAGCCAGAAGCCUCUGGGACCUCCAGGACCUGCAUGUACUCAACCUAAUCACCUUCAGAGUAACCAUGUGGUCAAUAAACAAUCCAGAGGCAUACCAACCGCCCGAGAUGAGAGCCACAGACUAAGUUCCACAGAGUUAACUGGGAGUUCCACUCAAUAUAUUGAGAAGAAGAAGAGUAAGACUCCGCCUCCUGUCCCUAAGAAACCAAAUGUACUGAUUGUACCAACAAAUACAGCGCACAUACUUGUAGUCACAGAGAGACCAGAGCAGAGUCCACUGCACAACCCAACUGCACCUGCACGUCCCGACAAUGCAAAUGUUCCACUUACCAAUGAUGCUUCCAAUGCAGAAAGAGAGUCGAAAGUGAUUAAAGCAUAUGAUCUGAACAUUGGUGCAAAUACAGGGACUGUUGCAAGUACUGGCAUUCACCAGGAAGGAAACAGAAACAUCGAAUACAGUGAUGGAACUGGGAGAUGCCAAAACGUACCACUGAGGCCUGAUCUAGGUCAGAAUCCUGCAGAUACUUCCUUGAAUCUGAAUGCUAAGCAGGGAUGUCCCACAGCCACACAGAGUGGAGAGGUUGUAAUGGAGGAUGACGAUGAAGUCUUUGUCUCCUCAGGCGCCCAGCGCUCCACCGAAGAUCUCUUCACUGUUAUUCACAGGUCGAAGAGGAAGGUGCUCGGCUGGAAAGAACCUGGAGAACCUUUCACUGUGAGACAGGUGGCUAUUUCACCUACCAAACCCACCACAGCAACCCCCAGCACUGGGCUCAAGCACUCCCCCUCAGCUAAUGGAAAUGGGUCCAAAACCAGCACCAGCAAUGAGAACUUUAAGGCUCUAUUGCAAAAGAAGGGCAGCAAGCCUCCAGCAGGGGCACGCAUGUCGGCGGCUGAGCUCCUGAAAAGUACCAACCCACUUGCAAGAAGGAUUGCAACAGAGUUCACACAGGAACCAGAGAGGUGCCAACCAAUCUCAGAGCCAGACUCUCCGGAAAAUGCUUCAAAGUGUUAGAGCUAAAGUAGUUCUGGGGGAGUGAAGAGAGGAGGUUCUUGUUGAACAUAGACUUUCAAUUUUUGCCAUAUCAACAGAGCUGUAACCUGGUCAGAAGGAGGGAGACAGCUUUACGGAAUAAUAUGAACUGCAAGAACAGAGGAUGUGUAUUGUUCAUUUGGGAGCCUACAGAAAUUUGAAAUAAUUAGCUGACAGAUUUUAAGUGCAAGCUGAUUUUGGAUCAAUGUAAGGUGAGGAUAUGUGAAGGUCUUCUUGAUAUGAAGCUAGGUUUAAUUGUUCUGGAAAAGCCUGGAGAACUUUGAAAAGAGACAGCAGAUGAGCUACAUUCCAGCCUGGCGCACUAAGUGUACUAUAGCCUUAUUGGAACUGGACAUUUAAAAAUAUGUUCUGUGCAUGACCUUGUUCUGUUUAAAUAUUACAUGCAUCUCCAGUUAUUACUGCUUAACAACUGUUGAGUUAUCUAGCAGUAAACAGAAUUUGUAUGCUUGUGUGUGUGUGUGUGUGUGUGUGUGUGUGUGUGUGUGUGUGUGUGUGUGCGUGUGCGCGCGCGCGUUUGUGGUGUGUGUGUGUGUGUGUGUGUGUGUGUGCACAUGCACAUCUGUGUGUAUGUGCGUGUGUGUAUGUGUGCAUGUAUGCGUGCAUGUAUGUCAGGGAGGGGUACAGGGUCAGUGAAAGGGGGGUGGGGGUAAGUUAACAGUUUUGUACUCCUGAUGCAAUGAUGGAAAAGUUCUUUUUCCAAGAAAUGUUUGGAGAUGUUUGUAUUACAAGAUACCUGGGGAGAAAACAACAUGAUCUAAGUAACCCUUCAGCUCCACACUGCCACUGAGUCCACACUCUGAGUCUCAAUCCACUAUGAAACUUCAAGAGAAGGACUUUUCCUUCAGAUUGUAAAAUAGCCUGCUUUUACCCUGUGACUGAGAGACCAUGUCCUGAGACUCAUGAAAUCUUUUGUUUGUCUUUCCCCCUUUCUCCAUGUCUUCCCUCAAAAGACAGCCGAGGAAACAGGAGGAAAGGCAAAAGCACAGGUUCCGGGAGGCAUAAUGCUGAGGUCUUGCAAAUGGCUUGCAGUUUGCUUUUUUUUUACUAUUUGCUUAAGAAACAGUUGUUUGCCUGAUCUGUAAUGUUUUUGGAAUAGUGCCUCCUAUUUUGCUGUUAAUUUUUACAAAUAUACUGUAAUAUGUAAUACGGCAUCAAUAUAUGAAUUGUUUCAAAGUUUUUCGGAAUUAGAUGAAAGGAGAGAAAUAUGAACUUAUAAUCUUUCAAAAGGACUGUGUGCUGCCUUUACCAUGAUAUAACAUAAUGAUCUGAAUGUAGAAGAUAUCAAUGUCUUUAGCCUUGGUUUGAACUGGUUUGCUGGUUCUUAUCCGAUAUAUUGUUUAAAUAUUUCAGAAAUUCUUAGCCCUGGUAUUUUAAAGGUUUAUGUUUUAUUUUAUUCACAAGGUGAACAAAGUCUGUUAGAAAAAGGAAGGUGAACCGCAUCUUGAGGUAUAAACUUCUCAGUGCACACCCAGAAGCACAAUCAGAUUUAACUAAGCCAGGGGCCGAGCUGAACUCCAUCCACCACCCCACCCACUGCUGAACUCCUCCCAUAUCACCACAGGCAUUCUGCUCCUCUUAGCCCAGAAGCAGAUUAAUGUCCAUUCAUACUCUUAGCCAGUACUAUAUCCAUUCCACUCUGUUGAGUCCAUCUGAGCCAACUGGUUGUGCAGUCCACAGUCAGCACUGCACCCAGUACUCCAUCCCCUCCACUCAAGCACCAUUCCAGGUCUGAGCCGUUUUCUGGCCAGUAGGACCUCAUUUACUAUUAAUACCAACAGCAACUCCAUAUCUGGGAGCACAAGUAUAUGUUAUACAUAUGUUUUCAUUUAUAAUUAGGAAUCUUAAUUGGGAUAAUUUGAAAUAUUCAUGAAAUCUUAUGGAAAAAUAAUUGCUGCUGAUACUGAGAACAAGUUGAAUCCUCAUCAGCUCAUUCCCUUAUGGGCAAAUUAGAAUACUGCCCAUUCCCUGUAUGAGUCUCAUCUUUAUCUCAGGGUUCUUUGUGUCUGGGGGAAUUUCGAUUUGUUAAAGAGUUAAAUAUCCCUUAUUAGCUAAAAAUAUAUUUGUAAUGGUAAGAUUAGGUCUUACCAAUUUGCACAGGUCACAAGUCAAUUGAUUGAAGCUUCUGGAAGUAUUCAUGUUUUACCUUAAUCUUGAAUGUAUAAGAUUUCCCCAGCUCCCAGGGGUCACACAUGGAGAGCAUCUACAUUUCUUAACCUAGUGAUGUCACACUAUGGUGGGGAUAAGCAAUUGAAUGCACCUUGUGAUAAAAGCCAUGUACCACCAUGUCAAAAUGCAGUGAGCAUUUGUCCUGCAAACAGUGAGAUAUGAGUGCACUUACCUCGAGAGGACUCCAUUGCUUUAUGUCCGUGAUGUCUUGCACUUAAGUAUUUGAAAUGAAUUGUGCGCUUUAAAAGUGACUCAGGAAAUUGGGAAUGAUCUAUAGUUAUUUUUACAUAUAUUGGAAAAUGCAUUUCCCUGCCCCCAUAGUUUAGAGUGAUAAAUAAAUAUAAUUGUGUAAUCUUUUGGGACAAUCAUUAAAAAGAAACUUGAAGGAAAA